CCUGCGAGAAUUUUCCCUUAAAAAAACCAAGAAUAGAUUUUGUCCGAUGUGGCACUGUUGUCAAGGGAGGAUAAACGCUUCUGCGCUCUUUUAAGCGAACCAAACGCGCCCUUAUGCAGAAGUGAUUAGAGUUCACAGCAAGCUUUCUAUAAUUUAACAAAUCAAGCUAGGUUUAAAUGCUAAUUAUCACCGGUCUCAUUGUUGCGUAAUUCGUGGUGGAGGAAGAGAUCCCUCUAUCAUCAGGAAAUCCAAAAAUCUCGCGCGAUGGAUUCAGAAGGGCAAAGGACUUCAUCGAAUCCUCAGGCCACGCUCACGGCGCUGGUGGGCAAGAGGGAGAAGCUCAAAGAGGAGCUCCGGAUGAUCGAGAGACAAGUCUAUGACUUGGAAACUAGCUACUUACAAGAGUCAAGCCAAUAUGGAAGUGUGCUUAAAGGUUUUGAGGGAUUUCUAUCGUUGUCAAAGAGUACCAACAUGAAGCGAUCCAGGAAGUUCCAGCCUGAAGAUAGGCUAUUCUCCUUGUCAUCAGUUACCUCACCUGCUGUGGAAGAACAUGCAGUUGGACGAGAUGAUGGAAGAUCUGAUUAUGGUUCCAGUCGUUCCAAAGGUGGAAGCUUUUUUGCAAAUGGACAAGGGAAACCAAAGAAGGGAGGAAGAAUACCACCGAGGGAGGGGAGGAGAAUUCGACCACCAUCAAUCCAACAUGACAUGGAUGAUGAUGAUGAUGAGGAUAUGGAUCUAGGCAUGAGAUAAAUCAUAUGCACUGGAAAACAUUGCAUCCGUUUUUGUUAAAGAGUCCAUAUAGUUUUUAUAUUCAGCAUGUUUUAUUUCUGAAUUCAGCCUGAUGUUUCUAUCAACUUCCCAUUUCAGAUUAUCCAGUGUAAAGAACAUGGUACUUUGUUAUAGAAUUCUGUAUCGCAUUUCAAACGGAUUGCCCAGUGUAAAAUAACAUAAAAAGGUACGAUACCCAUCGUAUUAAUGGCACACUAAAAACGUGUAUAAAUGCCCGCUACUGGAUUAA